AUGGGCUCGUUUUUUAAGAGCUUCCGGGGUAAUGGGGGGUCUUCCACCUCUUCGAGCGGGGCGUCUCCCGCAAAGAAAGAGCCUCAAGCACCUCCGAUGAGUCCGCUGGAGAAGAAGCUGCAGGGAAUGGGUCCAAUUCGGAACGAUGGUAGCGAUAAGUUUUUCGGAAUGGAAAAUUACGGUAGCACCUGUUACUGCAACUCCAUUUUACAAUGCCUCUUCUUUUCCGUUCCUUUCCGAGAAGCCGUCCUCAACUAUCCCACGCGAACACCGAUCGAGAGCCUGGAGGCCGCGCUGGAAAAAUCUCUCCGUUUUCAAGAUCCCAACGCUUAUUUAGAAGCCGAAGCACAGGCCCAAAGAGAGAAAGCUGCCAACCCUCAGCGUAUUGGCGCGCCACCAAACCAACCUCAGAAGCCCGAAGACAAGGAAUCGCCCGAAUACAAGAAGAAAGUCGCUUUACAGACCCUGCCACUCCUAGAAACUCAGAACAAUUCCAACAGCUAUGGCAUGUCGGAAUCAUUAUUUACAGCGUUGAAGGAUAUCUUUGAAUCUCUGGUGGGAAGCAAGUCACGAAUAGGGAUCACACGACCGCAGCAAUUUUUGGACGUUCUCAGGCGUGAACAUGAGAUGUUUCGGACUGCCAUGCACCAAGACGCCCACGAGUUUCUAAAUCUUUUACUCAACGAAGUCGUCGCGAAUGUCGAAACGGAAGCUCUUAAACAACCCCCUCCUCCCAAGAGCCUCCCGCUCACAGAAAGUGCAGAUUCAUUUGACCUGACCAACAGCUCAGGCUCCAAAACGCCGAAUACCACGCGGUGGGUACAUGAGCUAUUCGAGGGGACAUUGACAUCCGAGACUGAAUGUCUCACCUGUGAAAAGGUCUCCCAGCGCGAUGAGAUCUUUUUAGAUCUGUCUGUUGAUCUCGAGCAGCACUCUUCCGUGACCUCGUGUUUAAGGAAGUUCUCUGCGGAAGAGAUGCUGUGCGAGAGGAACAAGUUUCACUGCGAUAACUGUGGAGGGCUUCAAGAGGCGGAGAAGAGAAUGAAAAUCAAGCGACUGCCUCGGAUAUUGGCCUUGCAUCUUAAGCGCUUCAAGUACACCGAGGAUCUCCAACGGUUGCAGAAAUUGUUUCACCGUGUCGUGUACCCGUAUCACCUACGCCUCUUUAACACGACAGACGAUGCCGAGGAUCCGGACCGUCUCUACGAGUUAUACGCUGUGGUGGUACACAUUGGUGGAGGACCCUAUCAUGGUCAUUAUGUGUCGAUCGUGAAAACGGAAGACCGCGGUUGGUUGCUCUUUGACGAUGAGAUGGUGGAACCAGUGGAUAAGAACUACGUUCGCAACUUCUUCGGGGACAAACCUGGCUUGGCCUGCGCCUACGUCCUAUUUUACCAAGAGACCACUAUGGAAGCGGUUCUGAAGGAGCAAGAGCAGGAGGAUUUGGCAGCCAGUAUGGAUAUCCCAAUUCCAAACGAGAAGCAGCAAAAUGGUGUCCCGCCAUCUCCUAGCUUAAACAAUUUCCAGAGCUCAUCGCAGCUCUCGUCACCAUCAUCCGAGUUUAUUCGCCCCAAUGGUUUUUCCCGGCCGCCUACUGCACCUCGGCUUUCUACUCAAAUGGAGCGCACGGAGCCUGACAUUACUUCUCCACGGACCCCUAUCGUUCACACACCGCCGCCUGUGCCACCUAUACCUGCAGCUCAUACUAUGCACCUGAGUCCGAAGAAGAGCGAUAUACAGUCCAAAAAAGACCGUGUUCGAGAAGAGAAGGAACGAAAAAUUGCUGAAAAGGAAAGAGAGAAGGGUGAAAAACAACGACGAGUUUCCAAUGCCCGCGAACACCGCGAGCACCAACAUGAAAGUGGUCCGAAGCCCAUUAUCGACACAAGCAAGCCAGAGGAAGAUCGACACAAUGCCCCGGAUAACGGCAAUGUUGACUCCCUGAAGAAAACACACCACAGUUUUCAUCGCUUUAGGAGAAGCAGUAAGAGUCUCAGCCAUCGCUUCGGCAUGGACAAGGAUUCUCGCACAUCGACUUCGGAUCUUCCCCGAACACCUAUCAAUGAGCAUAUGACCUCUGCUGGUGUUUCACCUCCACGCAAAAGCGAACUGCCUGAACGACCAUUACUCAACCACAAAUCUGGGACUGAUGCUCCCAAAGAACACAAACACGGAAAAUGGAGAAGCUUUAGUUUCCGGAAGAUGCUCUAA